AUGGCCGCCGUAGCCAUCAGCAACCGCGCCUGCGCGUUGCUUCUGCUGCUCCUCCCCGCCAUGGCCGUGCUCCUCCACGGACAAGCCGCCCGCUCGUCGGCGGCAGACUUCCCUCUCGGCGGCCAAGCCACCGUGCGGCUGCCUCCGGCGCCGUACCAGCCGCGCUUCGCCGCGACGGCGGUGGUGCUCGAUGAUGCCCGGGGCAACCGGCGGCCGCCUGGCUUCGUCGCCGCCGUGAGCGCGGAGGCCGACGGCGCGGGCACGUACACGUGCUCGCUGGUCCUCUUCCUGGGCGGCGUCAAGGUCUGGGCCUCCGACCACCUCGAGAAGUUCGCGGCGCGCGCCCUGUGCCGGCUCGAGCUCACGGAGGACGGCCAGCUGCAGCUGACGGACGGCGCCGGGAUGGUCGGGUGGCUGUCCGGCACGGCGGGACAGGGCGUGAAGGCUCUCCACUUGGAUACCAAGACCGGCAACCUCGUCCUCGUCGACGCGCAGAACCGCACCAGGUGGCAAAGCUUGGACGAUCCGACGGACAAAUUCCUACGCGGCCAGCAUCGUAGGCUGCCAGCCUACUUCAUCGCGUCCAUGACUGACGAGACGUCCUCGCCAUUCUACUCCCUCGAGCUUGACGACGACAAGAUCGCCGCAUACAUCCACGUCGGCGAUACCAGCUACUCCUACUGGGAGCUCGCCCCUACAGCAAACCGGACGAUGGCAUCGGCGAGGCUUGACGGGUCGGGGCUCAAGAUGCUCGACGUGCGGGGAAUGGUGGCGGCACAGGUCUCGCCGCCGGUCAAGAAGCCGCCUCUUAGCUUCUUGGCCCUCGGCGGCGACGGCAACCUGGAGAUGUACUACUACGACGCCCAGCAUCGGGGCUUCAGGGUCUCGUACAGGGCGCUCGGGUUCUGCGAGCUCCCUCUCUCCUGCGGCGUCCACGAGGUGUGCUCCGCCGCCGGGAAAUGCGAGGACUUCUCCGCGUACACCGACGGGCCGGCGCGCGCCGGCAGAAACCCCUGCUACGGGACCGGCGGCGAGGCGUGUAUGGUCCACUUGAGGGGUGUCACCACGGUGCUCCGGACGGCAGCGCCGGCGCUGGCCGGCGUGACGCUGCGGCAGUGCGUGGUGCAGUGCGCGAGCAACCUCUCAUGCAGCGCCGCGCUUUACGUGAAGGACAACGCCAGCGUCGCCGCCGCUGCCGACCACGGCGUGUGUGAGCAUUACACUCUGGCGGCGGGGGCUAGGGAGGUGACCGACGGGAGCCGCCGCCGGUACAGCUACUGGGUGAAGUUCCCUGCAGCCGGAGGAGGCGACGAGGACGUGGACGACGACGGCGACAGUUCUCCCGGCAUGCUCAGCAAGAUCCUGAUGGUCUGCGGGGCGAUCGACGUGGCGUGCGCCGUGGUGUUUACGAUCCUCGUAGCAUUGUAUUUUCGUCGGCUUCGUAGGCUCGCGGCCGCGGUGGACAGGAUCGUCGAGCUCCAGCAAGGCGAGGACGAGGGCGCCGGGGAGCAAAAUAGUUCUGACAGUAACGGGGCUGAUGGCUGA